UGGUCCCUCUCAGUAAAGCCCGCCCCCUUUGUUAUUCUAUUGGCCUCUAACUUAGUCCUGCGGGGCUUCAAAGACAGACUCCGCCCCAGCCCCAGAGACUUUGCCUUCCUCACCCCCAACUGCGGAGUUCUGUGACCUCUCAUUUUCUCUCAUCCCUCACAGAACGCUCCACAGUUAUACAGGAACCCUACAGAGACACCCACAAACCCAGACUCCUCAUGGACGUACCACAGUAUCCGCACAUCCCACCCAGAGACCCUCACAACCUGCAAUCGGCUCUGUUUCCCCCAGGAAACCUCACCCACGUGGGAAGUGACCUGACUGCUGUUGUCAUGGAGUCUACUGGGCGUUCCUGUUGCCCUGGUGACCGAAUCCUCUUCUCCUGACCCAGGUUCUAGAGGUUUCAGUCAAGCCCCUCCCUCAUCGGCUCCGGACUCCUCUUGUCCGUCCCUCUUACCGCCCUUCCCCAGCACCUGCAGCUCGGCUCAUCCACAACCAAGAGCGUUCCCUCCCUCGGAACAACACUUCCCCCUCCAACCUAUGGCAAGCUUCUGACCUAAGGACUUUUAACAACCACGCCAAAACCCAGAGAUGGAAGCAAGUCAGAUCAUGGAAGAGCAAGAUAACACUACCACCAUAAAUGAAAAAGAACACCCCUCAACAAAAGAGCCUGCUGAUGAAGACUUACAGGCGCUCCCUACCACUGAAACCCCCUUGGAGCCUCUCAUCUCUCAGACCCCUUUAGAUGCCCUUGCUGCUGAAACCCUUCUUGAUUCAUUUGCUUCCCAGACUUCUUUAGAGAUCCUGGUCUCUAAGAGCCCUUUGGAGCUUUCCAUCCCUGAAACCCCUUUAGAGUCCCAUACUUCUAACCCUCCUUUGGUGCCAUCCACUUCUCAGAUGACUUUAGUACCCCCAGCCUCUGAAAGUCCUCUGAAGCCUUCCAUCCCCAUGACAUCCAUCUCUAACAUCCCUUUGGAAGCCCCUACUGCUGAGACUGACAUCUCUAAAGUCCCAGAGAAACAUCUUAUUUUUCUGCCUUUAUCAGUAACCCAUGCUUGCCUCUCCUCUGAUGUUUUGAAGGAAGACCUCCUCUCCGAGUCUCCUUCCAAGGAGCUCCCUGAAUUUGAGCACCUUCUAAAGCACUCCCUUUCAGGUCCUUCAGCCCAUGUAUGCAUGGACACAUCUGCAAAACAGAAGGAAGAGGCAGAAGACAAAGAUAUAGUGGAUACCAGUGGCAUCACUGCUUUCACAGCCCAGCCUGGACACCAGCUGGGCAAGAAGAAGAGGAAGAAAGGGAUUAUCCGUCUCUAUAUCGGCUGGCGCUGUCCACAUUACCUAUGGGAUUGUUACCGGAUUGGGAACGAGUCCAAGUGCUUCUGUGGACACUUGCUGAAACAACACCAGAUCAUCUCAGACAUAUCUGUACCUUGCACUGUGAACCAGUGCCGCUGCCUCAUGUUCUGCUUCAUCCCAUCACGCCCGGAGGAGGUGGGCAUCAUGGUUGUUCCUGCAACUGUUUUGAAUCUAAUUUCCUCUGUGCGGCCUGCGACCGACGCUGGGAGGAACAUGAGACUUUCUUUGAGACUGAGGAGACCUGACGACGAGGAGGGAGGCCUCAUGGGAUACAUACUGUCGACAACUGGCACAGGCCUUUCUGAGCCCAGCCACAUCAGCAAUAAAGUGAAAGUCACUAGAAUCUGACCUGGCUUCAUAUAUGGUGGGAAAAGCCACAACCCAAAUGUAAGACCUUAGAGUCAGCACUUACUGGGGGCAAGAGACAGCACUGCCAAACAGGAUAAAGGCUGGAUCCAGCAUCUGUCUCCAUUACAACCACAUCUAAGCUACUGGCUAUGACCUGGGAAGUAGAAUGUCUUUAAGAAAGCCAAGGAGGGACUGAAUUGCAAAGAUAGAGUGAGAAGUUCUUUUGAUGUAGUUGGGAAUUCUAUAAGAUAAAGGAAAAGUGCCCAUUGGAUUUUGCUAUUAGAAAGUCUUUGGGAACCUUAGAGAGUGUAGUGGAGGCAGAAGUCAAAUGGCAGUGAGUCUGGAGUGUAUUCAAAAAGCUUAGGUGAGAGGUGCAAGAGAGAAGUUAGCAAAUAUCUAGAGAGAAAUGUGGAAUCGAGAAAGCAUUUUUUAAGGAAGAAAGAGGGAAGAGACCAGUAGACAAAAAGACCUUGAAAGAUGCAGAAGAGAAAGGAGAAAUCCUUGGUCAGAAGAUCCCAGAGGGAGGGAAUGGGGUCAAGAUAGAGGUGAAGGGAUUUGCUCUGAACAAAGAAAACAUCACAGCUGGGUGCAGUGGCUCAGCUCUAUAACCCCAGCUACUCAGAAGGCUGAAGCAGGAAGAUUACAAGUUCAAGGCCUGCCUGGGCAACUGAACAAGACGCUGUCAAAGAGAGGAGAGGUGAGAAGGGAAGGGAAAAG